AUGGCCGUACCCGUUUUCUUUUUGUGCAGCGCUGUCGCCAUUUUGGUUCAGAAUGCGAACGGUGAAUGCCUCCUCCGCAAUUCAUACAACGUGGCGUCACGCGGGUGUGGCUCGGCUUACAACGAAUAUUCGCUGCCGUCGUCAUGGUUAAGCGGCGCGUGUGGUGCUGGCUUCGAGUCCGGGGUGGUUGCUGCCUCCGACGGUGGAGGCUUCGCGGUGAAGAGCGCCUCGCCUGUACCGCCUAGCGGGGUGUCGGUGUUGUCGGAGAACGAGUAUUCCGGUGCCCUGUCCGUAGUGGGCCAGGUGCCCUUCCUGGGCACAGCGUACUUGGAGGGCGCGGUGCCGUCCGCAGGCGCCGGGGCCGUUACCUACGGCUGCGGCUACGGCGACGUGCGCAUCGUCAGCGAGGAGGGCGCCGCCCCUGGCGUGGGCUUGGCUCGCCUCCCUGGCGCAGUCGCCCCAUGGGCCACUGCUGACAUCGGUUACAAUAACGGGUGGGGCACCUGUGGCUGCGGCCGAGGGAUUUUGUCUUAU